UGAGCCAGCCAGCAGCCGGAGCGCGAUAGCCGCCUGGGGAGCAUAGAUGUGCAAAACCCCUGGAAUAUCCGUGCGCUGGAGAGGCCAGAACCGACCACCGUGGAGGACCGUCUUCAUUUAGUCGUCAUAAAGGAAAGUGCCACGGCGAAAGCAUGGCGGUAGAAGAGGAAGGUCUCCGGGUUUUCCAGAGCGUUAAAAUAAAAAUAGGAGAAGCAAAAAACAUCCCUCCGUACCCGGGGCCAAACAAGAUGAGGGACUGUUACUGCACAGUCAACCUGGACCAAGAGGAAGUCUUCAGGACCAAGAUUGUGGAGAAGUCACUUUGUCCGUUCUACGGGGAGGACUUCUACUGCGAGAUCCCACGUAGCUUCAGGCACCUCUCCUUUUACAUUUUCGACAGGGAUGUCUUCAGAAGGGACUCCAGUAUCGGCAAGGUUGCUGUGAAGAAAGAGGACCUGCAGAAAUAUCACGGGAAAGACACCUGGUUCCAGCUACAACCUGUCAGCGCUGACUCAGAGGUGCAGGGAAAAGUGCACCUGGAGCUUCGUCUGAGUGAAGUCAUCACGGACAGUGGCGUCAUCAGCCAUAAACUGGCCACACGAGUACUGGAGUGCCAAGGUCUUCCGAUUGUCAACGGCCAAUGUGACCCCUACGCUGCCGUGUCCUUGCUAGGUCCUUCAAGGUCAGAAGCCAAGAAGACUAAGGUGAAGAGAAAAACCAACAAUCCACAGUUUGAGGAGGUUUUCUAUUUUGAGGUGACGCGGCCGUUGAGCUACACAAAGCGGCAGUUUGACGUUGAAGAGGAGGAUGUUGACAAACUGGCACUGAGGGUGGACCUGUGGAACGCCAGCAAUCUGAAGUUUGGGGAUGAGUUUCUGGGAGGUGUGCGUGUGCCCCUGCGGGUCCUGGGUCAGGCCGGAGUACACGACGCAUGGUACUUUCUGCAGCCCAGGGAGAACGGGGGGAAGUCUGUGAAGGUUGAUGAUCUCGGCUCUCUGCGUCUGAACAUCGUUUACACCGAGGACCAUGUCUUCCCCUCCGAACACUACACUCCGCUCAGAGAUCUGCUGCUGCACUCUGCUAAUGUCGAGCCCGUCUCAGCGUCCACAGCUCAUACUCUCGGGGAGGUGUGUCGAGAGAAGCAAGAAGCCGCCAUCCCUCUCGUGCGUCUCUUUCUUCAUUACGGCAAAAUAGUGCCUUUCAUCAGCGCCAUUGCUCAUGCUGAAAUUAACCGCACACAGGAUCCAAACACCAUUUUCAGGGGAAACUCGCUGACUUCUAAGUGCAUCGAUGAGACCAUGAAGCUGGCAGGAAUGCACUAUCUCCAAGUCACGCUCAAGCCAAUUAUAGAUGAGAUCUGCACUGAACACAAGCCCUGUGAAAUCGACCCCGUCAAGCUCAAAGAGUCAGAAAACCUGGAGACGAACAGGGAAAACCUUCGUCACUAUGUAGACCGCAUCUUCAACGUUAUCACAACCUCUGGUGUUCGCUGUCCCACCGUCAUGUGUGAUAUCUUCUUCUCUCUGCGAGAGUCUGCUGCCACUCGUUUCCAAGUUGACCAAGACGUCCGAUACACAGCAGUGAGCAGUUUCAUUUUCCUGCGUUUUUUCGCUCCAGCCAUCCUAUCUCCAAACCUGUUCCAUUUACGACCGCACCAUCCGGACCCUGCCACUUCAAGAACCCUCACCCUCAUAUCUAAGACGAUCCAGACCCUGGGGAGUCUUGCCAAGUCAAAAUCUGCCAAUUUCAAAGAGUCUUACAUGGCUGCUUUUUACGACUACUUCAACGAGCAGAAAUAUGCAGACGCUGUGAAGAAUUUCUUGGAUCUGAUCUCCACGUCUGGAAAAUGGGAUCAAAAGAGCAUUGAGACGCCAAUCAUGCUCAAAGAGGGGAGUGUAAAACUCACUAUAAAGAGGGUUGAUGGGAAGGGGUCAAAAGGCACGAAGGGCAGGUUCAUGAUAAAGAGAGCCCAGGGGAGAAAUCGGUUUGGAAUGAAAAACUUCAAGAAGAGAUGGUUUCGUCUCACCAACCACGAAUUCACCUACCACAGAACGAAAGGUGAGGGAGCUCUUUGCAGCAUUCCCAUAGAGAACAUUCUGGCUGUAGAGCGGCUGGAGGAGGAGUCUUUCAAAAUGAAAAAUAUGUUCCAGGUCAUUCAGCCAGAGCGGGCGCUCUACAUCCAGGCCAAUAACUGCGUAGAGGCGCGCGACUGGAUCGACAUCCUGACCAAAGUCAGCCAGUGCAACCGCAAACGCCUGAGCACCUACCACCCUUCAGCCUACCUCAACGGCCACUGGCUGUGCUGCAAGCUCUCAGCAGACACGGCUCCCGGGUGUACGCCCUGCACCGGCGGCCUCCCGGCAAACAUCCAGCUGGACGUAGAUGGUGACAGAGAGACCGAGAGAAUUUACUCUCUGUUCAGCACAUACAUGACCAAACUGAUAAAGAUGCAAGAGGCCUGCGGCAGUAAGUCGGUAUAUGACGGCCCCGAGCAGGAGGAGUACUCCACCUUCGUCAUAGACGACCCCCAGGAGACCUACAAAACCCUGAAGCAGAUCAUUUCAGCCGUGCAGACGCUGGAACAGCAGCACACCAAGUACAAACGCGACAAGUUCAAGAAGACAAAGAUAGGCAGCCAGGAGCAUCCGAUUGGAGACAAGAGUUUCCAGUGCUACAUCCGCCAGCAGUCUGAGAGCUCCACCUACUCCAUCUAGCCACAGCCCUGGAUCCGGUUUCUGUGAUGGACAAAACCAGCAUAUUUUUCUCUACUGCAGAAAAAUCCAACGAAACUGAGCUCUGUGUCUGGUAUUGAGUUUUAAAGCAUUUCUCUUGUCUAAAAUAACUUCCUUAAGACGCUUGUGGAAGCAAAGCAACCUUUCACCCCGAUCUGAACCUGUUUUGAGAAAAUGACAACUUUACGACUUGUUGCCAAACUCCAAGAGCCGCGUAUAUGGACCUACCUGCAGUUUCUCAAAGUGCAUCGCUCCACAUUCGGACAAACAGGCCUCACUUUUAGAAGAGAGAGAGGAGAAAAAAGAGGAGCACUUGUGGAGGAAAGGAGGGAUAUGAGUGAAGAGGUAACCGUCUCCUUUACAUGACGUGAUGAGAGAACAAAGGUUUUCACUGGACAGUUCUGACAGUGACCAGCACGCACUUUAAUCGCCUCCAAAUCUUCGGACGAACAAGCCUCACAGCACACUUUUCAGAAAGCGACUUUUACCUCUUUGAUUUGUGUGCGGUUAUUUUAAAUGUUGUUGAAAUUGUUACCUUUCAUUUGCCGUCUGACGGACGAAGCUCCAGACGAGAAGGAAUGACUGCAGCUUAUCCCCUCUGCGGGUGAUGUUAUACCUGUGUACCUUUCACUUUCAAGCUUCUCCCCCCAGCAUCUUCGGGAUACAAGUUCAGGGAGAGCCACAAAAAAACAAACAAAGGGAUCGUCGGGCCCAUUCACAGACCAAGCGACUUCAUUUAAGCUACCGAAAAUCUCUCCACACACAGUUAUAGCCCACAUUUUUAAACUCUUUUAAAAGAGUUUUCCACGUUUUGUUUUUAAAGCUUUGGUCUGUUUUGGUUGGUCGUCAUGCUCCAGUGUAACCAGUACCCAGGUUGGCAUUUCCCCCUCCCCUUGCACAGGUUAUGCUGUAAUCAUGGGUAAAUUACAUUAUUCAAAACCAGUUUCUUUAGAUGCAGAAAAUGUGCACGUGACAGAACAAGUCCUAUUUCAGGUACAGCUGUACAGUGUGGUGGACUAUGUUAUACUGAUACAAACAGAAUGGGAGACAGAAUAUUAGAGAACGCAGAGUACAGUGUAGUCCAGUACAAAACUGGCUUUAAUAACUACAGCAGAGCAGCUGUUUUGUGUCAUAAGACACAAUUUUCAUCACUCACUGUCCAUUUAUGGUGGAUAAAUAUAAUUAAUGUCAGAAAAGCAGCUUUAAUGAUGAAACGGAAAGACACUUUUCCCCGACACCCAGCGCUGGGCUAAGGCCCCACAGCUUGACACUAGAGGCCUGUUUCACUCCUGUGUAAGCAGGAAAAUAAGUAAAAGCCAGUGUACCCCCUUCAGCUAUCACAAAUGAGAUCAUUAACAGGGAUGUUUUAUUUUCAGAUACACUUCUAAUUAUUACACAAACUAACAUUUUAACCUGUCUUAGUUUGUAAUUGUGAAAUUGAUAGAGUGUGACUGAUUGUGUUGCCCCGCUGGUUACCUAAUAAUAAUGUGGUUCUUUUGUUUCUGUGAGUUAGCCUCCCACUCCCUCCGUACCUUGUCGUUUGAACUCUUAUUUAUAUGCAUUCCACUGAAAAGCUACCUGCUGUGAAGCGCCUCACAAUCUAUUGAAGGUACAGGAUUUAUUGUUGCUAGCCAGCUGUGUUGUGUUGUCCCACGCUUUUGCAAAGGCGGACGCAUUUUUUGUCUUUCACUCCGACAGUGCAUGUGAAGUGUAGACAGCAGCCUCUGCAAGCGACUACAAACCACGACUUUUGUAUUUUCCGAAUCCAAGUAUGUGCUUAUGUAGCCUCGCGGGUGUUCGCCCCCAUGGUCACAGGAUCCCAAACAGUGCCAGUUAUCACUUUUCUAAAGUUCCUUUUUGAAAUAUAUAUAUAAAUAUAAUAAAAAAAACAACAACAACUGUACUGUUUGUAAAACAGCUGAGCAACUAAUCCAAUUAUAUGUUUUUGUUUUUUGGGUGGGUCAAAUAAGGAAGGUUCUCAACAAUUUGACUCUGUUUUCUAUCUUGUCAUAUGGAAAUUUUCCUGUGUAUCUGAGCUGGAUGAGGUGUGUGUGUGUGUCUGUUAUGUGGGUGUGUGCUUGUUUUUGUUAGUGUGGACACAUGUGACUGACAUGAUGGGUUGUGUUGCCAAUUGAUCAAACAGUGUUACAGGUCAGGAAAGGCAGAUCACUGCCUGUAAUUAUACUGAAGACACUGUUACUUCACUCUUGGCCUGACGUAGCGUAUCCCCUCUUUCCUCUCAUAUACAAUCACUGUUUCUUUUCAAGAAGAUUUUGCCAAUCUAUUCUCCCCAGAUUUCUUAUGAACAGUAAAAAAAUAUUAAGAGAGCAGCCUGGGUUUAACCUCUUUCAGGUUUUCCUCCCCCUACAGGUUACUAACUCUCCUCAGGUUUAUGAAACUCAUAUUUAUUAUAACUUUCAUUCAAACCUUCCCAGAAUUCCCAGCAAAGUUGGUGUGGGUAUGACUCCUCCAACCCCGAUACCCAUAAAAGGAAUGAAUUAUGCAAUAACGGUGUUUCAGCAUGCAAUAAUAUUAACAAGCCCUCGAUAAGCCUGUCAAGUGAUCACAAAUUAACAAUGCACAUCUGCUGAUGUUUUGCAGUCAGAUGCCUCUUCAGAUAAACACAUAUUAUAAAAGGGAGAACAGUGUAUUUUGUACAAAUAUUUUAAAAGUAUUAAAAUAAGCCUGUUAUUUGUGUACAUAAAACAAUUGAAUGAAUGGUGAAAAUGUGAUGUGUUUUCCCCCGAGUAACCAAAUGAAACAAUUAUUAA